AGAGAAGUUAACAGUCAUCCGCCUUGCUGUGGGGCUGGGAUCCCGUCUGUCAGACCAGGUGGGAGAUUUGAACACAGCUUCAACGCAUUGGUCUGAGCCUCUGGGUUUCUGGUUAAAAAUGUUGGUUGGAACGUCAAUCAGACAGGAUGUUAUGUCCUGAAUGGUAUUGAACUUACUGGGUGUUGUUAAAGUGGCAACGAUCCAAGCUAGUGGAGAAUAUUCCGUCACACUCCUGACGUAUAAAUGGUGAACAGUCAUUAGGGAGACAGAAGUUGAACUGAGUGACUCUGCACCAGAAGGAAUUGAUUUCAAAAUGGCAUUUGCACCAUCCAAGAUCAUGAAUGGGCCUAAAAUGCAGACCAAGAUGAGCACAUGGACACCCCUGAACCACCAGCCCACUAAUGAUAAGGUCUUUGAAGAAAGAGGAGAGUUACUUGGGAAAUGGUUUGACAAGUGGACUGAUACACAGCGUCGAAAAAUUCUUCUCAACUUGUUUGAGAGAUGUUCUGUCUCUCAAUUGAAAUUCUGUGAGCAACAUUUGCGUAGCAGAGUUCCUGUGGAAGCUCUUGACUUGGCUUGUUUCCUUCCCAGGGUGCUGACUUUAUAUAUCUUCUCCUUCUUGGAUCCAAGGAGUCUUUGCCGCUGUGCACAGGUAAGUUGGCAUUGGAAGGGCUUGGCUGAAUUGGACCAACUUUGGAUGCCAAAAUGUCUGAGACUGGGCUGGUACAUCAGCUUCACACCAACAAUCUAUGAGCAAAGAAUUUGGAAGAGACACUACAUUGAGAUGGUGAAGGAACUGAAUGUCACCAAACCAACGACACCGCCCAGUGAUGAAUUUAUUGUGGUGGAUGUCCAUCCAUUACCAAAGGAUCCUGUGGAUCAGAAGCAGUUGAGAAUGACAUCAGUUCGACCCCAACCAGGGAAAGUGCAGCUUGAGCACCCACCAUGGCGUGACUCAGACCGACAUCCAACGGACACCAUACGUUUCAACUACCUGGACAACUGUGAACCCAUUGGGGAAGCGAGAAAGAAGAGAGGUGGAACUACCCCUACUUUUGGCCAACAGGCUCGUGGAAGAAUGAAGCAUCCAUCAGCAAACUACAAAAUGAGGAAAGCAAGAUCACUGAUGUCCAUGUCACUUGACUUCAAUGCAAAUCAGUUACGUCAAGUGCGUCCUCUUUGGGCAUGUCAAAGUGCGAUGGGAGAUUUUAGUUCCAAGGAGGAAGUCAAGGCACAAACUCAGAGUUCUGACUGGAAUGCCGGGAUUCGCCCUGCGCCAGUUCGAUCUGCCAUACAAACAAUGAGCGAGAAGGGGCAGAAUGCGUCACUACGGACCCAGAGAAGUGUUCCUUCUUGCCCACUCUUUGAGAGUCAGCCAUGGCAGAUCCCAGCAUCAAAGAGAGACUCUGAUGAAGAAGAAUGAGAGGGAGAAACCAGCUGGAGCA